CACUUCAUGCACUUCAUCAAUGGCUUCCUCAACCAAAUCAUUCCGAUCUUCUGUUAUCUUUCUUCUUCUUCUUCUUGUUCUCCAUCUCCACUCCUCCGCCGGGCAGACCCGGAGGAAGGGCGUUUACUGGUUUUCCGGCUCCGAAUUUCCGGUGGCCAACAUAAAUUCCGCUCUUUUCACCCACAUUUUCUGUGCCUUUGCUGAUCUCAAUACGAACACAAACCAAGUCACAAUUUCGUCUUCAAACGCCGCCAAAUUCUCAACCUUUACACAAACCGUUCGUCAAAAAAACCCCAAUGUCAAAACGAUGUUGUCCAUCGGCGGCGGUAGCUCCAACCCCACCAAUUUCGCUUCAAUGGCUAGUCAAUCCGGAUCCCGCAAAUCCUUCAUCGAUUCCUCAAUUACUCUGGCCCGAAACAACGGUUUCGACGGCCUUGAUCUCGAUUGGGAGUACCCAUCAACCCCAACCGAAAUGAACUCGUUUGCUACUCUCCUCACUGAAUGGCGCGCCGCCGUGGUUAAAGAAUCCGUAUCCUCCGGCAAGCCCCGGCUGCUUCUCUCCGCCGCGGUCUUCCGGUCAUCUAAUUAUUACGGAACCCCACUACCCGUUUCGAGUAUAUCCAAUUCUUUGGACUGGAUCAACGUCAUGUCCUACGAUUUCUACGGCCCUGGUUGGUCGGCGAGCUCUACGGCGCCACCGGCUGCUCUGUUCGGGUUGGGCGGGCAGGUAAACGGUAACGCGGGUAUAAGGGAGUGGAUUCAAUCGGGUAUGCCGGCAAAUAAAAUAGCAAUUGGGUUUCCGUUUUACGGGUGGGCAUGGCGGCUGGUGGAUCAGAACAAGAAUGGGCUCUAUGCUCCAGCGAACGGGGCGGCGACGGGAGCGGGAAUUAGCGGCGGAGCAAUAACUUACAGGGAUAUAAAAACGUUUAUAGCGACGAACAGAGUGACUCCGGUGUAUAACGCGACGGUUGUUUCGAAUUAUGUGUACUCUGGAACGACAUGGAUUGGGUAUGAUGAUAAACAGAGCAUAGCAGCGAAGGUUUCUUACGCUAAUGCGAAUGGAUUGUGGGGUUAUUUUGCUUGGCAAAUUGCAGCUGAUGAUGAUAGCUUCACUCUGUCUCGAACAGCUUCAACCACUUAGCCCGGAUAAUUGGAAGAUGAGGUGGACUUAACCGAUCACUUCCUAAUUUAUGGAUAUCAUGUUCCAAUAAAUUAGAUAAAAUAAAUUAUUAAGCAAUAAAAGUAUUUUAAAAUGUCGUUGAAAUCUCUCAAAUAAAAUAUAUCAAUAAAUAGUUUGGUAA